ACCGUCCCACACGAGAAAAUAUACUAACACCUCACUUGCCUAGUCGCAUUUCCUAGGAGAUUUGCUUGCGAGCUUGCAAAAUCGCACACACCACACAUCACCGUGCAAGCAAUUAAUCCCAACUCGCCUACACACCGGAACCGGAGCGCGCUUUAUACACACCCGUUGAGCGACGCCCGACGUAGCCGGACUUGCGGGGAUAGCCGCGCGCUAAACUGCCAUACUGUUUCGGCCAUGUCGUCCAGCGGCGCGCGCAGGGGUGUUGGCGCCGGCGGAGGGCACUUCCCGGUGGGCCGGCGCCGCCACGUGCCGGUGGUCGACACCGGGUGCAGCUGCCGCCCGCGCCGGCCGAGGGUGCAGCUCAGCCUGCCGUCUUUCCUCAAGCCUUCCUUAUUCGCGAGCAGGCCUUCCGCGGCGGCGGGGCCGGCGAGGAGCAACAGCUCGUCAAGCCUCUUCCCGUCCUCCUCCUCCACCGCCUCCUUCUCCACCAGCUACGCCUCCUCCAACUGCUCCAACUACUACUCCUCCUACCACGGCUUCGGCGCCGCUCCCAAGAAGCAAGAACACCUUCCCGCGCCCAAGCUGCAGGUCCCAACGGCGACGCCGGCUUCCCCGGUCAACAAGAUGCAGCCGGCGAGCGCGAAGAGGAAGCAGAAGAAGAGGCACAGUUACGUGGAGAAGAGAGCGGCUACGGCAGCGGAAGCGGAGCCGGAGCCGGAGGACGUGGGGCUGGCGGUGGAGAAGGACUCGUCGGACCCGCGCGCGGACUUCAGGGAGAGCAUGGUGCAGAUGGUGGUCGAGACGGGGCUCUGCAGCUGGGACGACCUCCGCUGCAUGCUCCGCCGCCUGCUCGCCCUCAACUCCCCGCGCCACCACGCCGCCAUCCUCACCGCCUUCGCCGAGCUCUGCGCCCAGCUCGCCUCGCCGCCCCCGCCCGCCGCGGCGGCAUCUUCCUACCACUACAACCUCUAGCUACCCUGCUAGCUAGAGCUAGCUGAGGAGGUCUCGAGAUCCUUGCACCACCUGGCGUCCCCGCUCUCCCUGCUGUUCAGGCUACCGGGUGGUGAUAGGAUCUCGCAGAAGAAACAAAGGUAGCUACCAGCUAGUACCGGUAGUACUAGCGCCAUUAGGACAACAGCUAAUUAAAAAAAUUAGCAGUACCAGGUGUUUGUUUGAUUUCUAGAGUCUCUUCUUGUUGUUGGAUAACUAGUUUCUUAAAUGGUUAGUUUGCUUGCUAGUGUUCGUUGUGAGGAGCUUGUGCUAGUGUGUGUGUGUGUGUGUGUGUGUGUCAAGUAGUGCAUGGCCUUUUGUUUUGUGUGAAGGUCCAUGCACGGAAAGUUCUAGCAUCAUAAUUAGUAGGGUUUGCUAAUUACAAAGUGUGUAGCUCAAGUAUGUCUGUGAUGUGCAGUGUUUGUAUCAUGUGAAACCUUGCUACUGAAUGAGACUGUGUUGCUGGUACCAGUGAACUUCA